UCGGCUCGGUGAUUCUUCGCCCAGCCCGUCGAUCCGCUCGAUCCGACAUCCAAGUUCGCUGGGGGCAAGCCAACCAAACAACCCCGCUGGCCAACAACCGACCCGCCCUCACUCAGGCCAAAUGGUCGACCAACCUCUUGCUGUGGGGCGUCAGGACAAGCUCUCGCUGAACCGGCGACUCGACCUCCUCUCAGCUAGGUCGCAGCUUCAUCGGACGAGCCUACAACAAGUUGAUACGUUUUCGUGGUUGGCGACUUCAAGAGCCGAGAUCACCCGGUCGCUUGUGCGGCUGACCGGCCCCCAACCAGUGCUGAACAACCACAGAAUCAUGAGGGGCCACUAUGCCUGUGUCAACACCAUCGCCCUGAGUCGACCUGCGGGCGAGUUCCUGGCUUCGGGAGGCGAUGACAAGAGAGUGCUGAUAUGGAGGGUUGACGACAGCCCGGUCCCGGUCCCGGUGGCCUGUCUCGGCGGCCACACCAACACCAUCCUACAUGUCCAAUUCGGCUCAACCGCACGAGUGCUGUACUCCUGCGGAGCUGAUGGGGCACUUUGUCGGUACGAUGUCGAGCACGGCAUCCACGUCUCGCCCGGCAUCUCCAAGUUCGUUCAGAUUCUGCCGUCGCACCAGGAAAGGGCCACCAAGCUCUCGGUGCAGCCCACCAACGACGACGUUGUACUCUCGUCAGGCCACGACGGAUUUGUCCGGCUGUGGGACAUGCGGUGCUCGAAGCCACUUCAAGGAGAAAUCAAAAGCUCCUUCCAUCAAAAUUCGGUCGAAUUCCACCCUCGAAACGACGGGCAGUUUGUCACAGCCGACGCUGGCGGGAACGUCUUAUUGAGAGACCUGCGUGCCAUUUCGGGUCGAGCUUGGCCAAGGAAGCGCGGGCUUUUGAUGGAGUACACCACUCAGCUGUCAAAGUACAACAAGUCGGCACAUGCCUUGGAUGUGUCGUGCGCCACAUGGAACGAAGACGGCAGCAUUCUUGGAGUCGUCUUUCGGCACUACUAUCCAACGCUCUACCGGGCAGAGCACAAGGAUCCUGUGUGUGUGCUCAAGUCCAGGACGAAAGUGAAGGGCGACGGAUUUCGGUGCUCAAACACCAUCAAGUCCGGCGCAUUCGGAAGCUCGUUUGGCAACUAUUUCGCAUGCGGGAGCGAGGACUUCAAGAUAUACGGUUGGUCCAUUCCGAAACCGAUUCCAGCCCCGGACGUCUCGUGGGCGCGAUCUGGAUCGAGCCGCCAGUUUGCCGGCAGCGAGACAGUGUUUGCAAGAGAAAACUCCAAGAUCAGGCCCGUGGUGUUGGAGGACUCAUUCACAAUAUCAGAGCCCAGGAGCAUCAUCAAUUCAGUCAAGUUUCAUCCAGAUCGGCCAUACUUGUUUUCUUGUGGCAUAGAGAAGGCGAUUCGACUCCACUCGCCGUUUCCAAUUUCGUCCGCGCCUGGCGCUGCUGAUGCGAGCCUGCCGCACUUUUACGAUAUGCCGGAUCAGAACCAGAACACCGAGUUGCCACAGGAUCUGCAUCCUGCCCGCGCAGUGUAUGGAGAUGUAUCAUCCAUGGACGAGGACCCUGAAGUCCUGAGACUCUUUGAGGCACUGACAAACAGCAGCUAUCCCAACUCGGACUGGGGCGAGUCGCUCGAAUUCCCCGAGAGCCAAAGCAGCGACUCUGCAGAUAUGGAGAGCGUCGCCGACGACGAGUUCCAAGCCGAAAUCAUGGAAAGCGUCCAAUCCUCAAUCUCGUCUCCGUCCCAAAUAUCGAGUGCGAGCUCGGAAGGGCUGCCAGACGGCGACAGCGAUGUUGAGUUCUCGGCACCGAUUUUGUCGGCGUUCCGCACAACCGAGUCUGUGUUUGAGGAGCGCAAGCGCACAAUGAUGGCCAUGAUGGACAGCGUCGAGCCCUGCCACCCGUCCCGCAAGCGACACCGGGCUCGAGCGAGAAGUAGCCCAACCGCAAGCAACAAUGACGGCGGCGGCGGGAAUGAUGCGGACGAACACGGCUCACCGCGACGGACAUCAUCAGGCUCGGACGACGAACUCGAGCAGAUCUUCCGGCUGAACAGCGGCUGAGCUGCUCGGGCACAAGCGAAACUGGAUGCGGCUGCGAUGCUGUGUUGCAAAGAGCGGUACGCUCGGGCUUGGCCUGGCGAGUCUGCCCUGGAAUACAACACAUGUUCACUCGCC